UUGACUAUUGUUUACCGAAAUUAUUAUUCCGGUUAUUGGCAAAUAAUAGCAAUUAAUUAGUAAUUCUAUUUAUUAAAACACAGUUGAAACUGUGAAAAUCCGUAUACUCUUGCUGGCUGUCAGUUCUGAUUUUGAAAAAUGGGUGACGGAGAGUAUGAAGGAGCAACGAAAAUAAUAAGAGAUCCGAGCACUGUCAAGUCUCGAAUUUUUAUUGGAAAUACUCCAUCAAAUGUUACUAAGAAAAAUCUUGAAGAUAUAUUCUCUCCUUAUGGACAAAUCAUUGCUAUCGUUUUGAAUCGUGGUUUCGCAUUCCUUCAAUUUUCCAACGAGGAUAGCGCUAAUAGUGCUAUCGAGAAAGAGUGUGGGACCAUGUGUGGAGGAAAGAAAUUGGGUACGUUUAUUUUUUCGUUUGUACUUCUAUAAUUUAUAUAUAUCUAU